AUUCCAUCGAAUCGCCAGUCGAAAUCGACCCGCUUGGCUGCUGUCGCCACAUCAUCAUAGUCACAUGCUCAGCGCCGCUGCAGCAGCGUAUCACCGAUGCAAACGCCACCCAACUGCGCAUUGGACUCAUCCUGCACUCCGCUGACCCACGGAUAGGGGUCCCAUGGUGCACGACUCAAAUUCAAACCCAAGGCACCAUUGGGUGCCUUAAUAGUGCAUUGCUGCAGCAUAUUAACGGAACUGUAAGAGAUAAGGUUAACGGUGUUGAUAUUCUUGGUAUGAGGAUAGCCGAAGUUGCCCAAAUUGUUAAAAGCCAAAUAGAUCACGUUACAAUUUUGUGUUGGAAUAGCGACCAUGAAUUCGACUGUGACGAGAACAGCAUCAGCUGCGCUCCCAUGCCAACCAGUCUGAAACGGCUGGUCAUAAUUGUAGACAGUAUUCUGAAGGCUAUAGAGUGUCCUGUGUGCAACUCUAUUAUAGCACCUCCAGUUAUGCAGUGCCAGAAUGGACAUGUGCUUUGUCUCGAGUGCCGCAUUCGCACUGAAAAAUGUCCUAUCUGCCGUGGUUUUUUCACUCCCAUUCGUUCAAGUAUUGCCGAAGAGAUAUAUGCAAUCAUUGCUUUCGCCUUCAAGCAAUGCCGACCGGAAGGUAAAUUGCGCCAUAGGGUAUUUGGCAACAUGACGUUAAUAAAGGCUAAGACCUGUGAUCAUUGUUUGACAACUGCCAACUGUCUAAAAGCAACAGCUCGUAAGAUAUGCCUUGAAUAAUCUCCCCCGAGUACCUUUGAAACACUUGGUAGUUGCACGCUACUGACUAAAGCUAAAGUUUUUUUUAAAUUAAUUUAAUUAAAUCUAAAUUGCUUUGUUGCACUUUCUAAGCUUACCACCUGCUAAAUAAAUCCCCAGCCACAGCUUCUGAGUAAA